GUCAGGGCCUCGCGAUGGGCGCUGGCGCUGGCCCUCUUCGCCCGCGCGCGCGCCGGUCCUGAACGGGUGGGCCCGCACGGCUUCGGCGCUGCGCUGUUCGCCUGCGAAGCCGCCGGGCGGUGGCAGCAGGCAAUGCUGCUGGUGGACGAGAUGCAGCGCUGCUGCCACGGGCUCAACACAAUUGCCUGCGGGAGCGCGGUGCGGACGCUCGCGUCCGCCAGCCGCUGGGAGCUCUCCGUCGCG